AUGCCGCACACUAUAGCCAUAGCUAUAGCCCUAUACGAUAUGCCCCUUCGCUAUAACCCCCCAAAGCGUGGGAAUAUUUUCACUCUCUCAUCGCUCUCUCAUGGCUCUCAUGGCUCUCAUCCGCGCAUUCCUGAACCCAAUCCUGUGUUGGCAUUGAAGCCGAGUCUCAUUGCCUAUCACUGUCUCCUCACUGCCCGACACUGGCAUCAGAUGUCGCCUCCAAUCGCUCUCUCCGGUUCACAAUACGGCUACUCUGGUGUAUACGAGGACUCCGGCCAUCACGUGCUGCACCCGUCGCACGCCUACCACUGCGUGAGUCCCAUCACUGGUCACCACAAUAACCAUCACUACAACCAGACCCCCAGCCCUACCAUCGCUCCCGAGCCCUACACUAUGAGAUCAAUGGAAAGUAGUCUACAGUCGUCUCCAAUGCAAAUACAACAUCAGCACCAUAUGAAUGGCGAUCACAUGAAUCACUUGAUGUCCAAUUCGGCCAACUCUCCGAUGCCGAUCAGUGCUCGCGGCCACCGGUCCUUCGCCGACGGUCACCACCCCAUGGAUUUGUCUUCACCGCAACCCCAACCACAUUACGAUCACAUGAAUCACAGACAUUAUCGCAAUCAUAGCCACGAAGGAGCAGUGUAUUCCAAACUUAAGCCAACUAUCGACGGCUGCACCACUCUAUACAGACCCGUCUGUAUAUCAUUUGCCAUCAUAUGGUGUUUCGCCAAACUUUAA